AUGGCGGCGACCACUUAUGAGCGGCUGAAGCUGCAUAUCACAACUGAAAAAUUUUACGUGGAAGCUUGUGAUGAUGGAGUGGAUGAUGUGCUUAUCAUCGACCGUGUGUCCACGGAGGUUACCCUCUCAGUCAAGAAAGAUAUUCCUCCUUCAGCUGUCACAAGAACAAUAUUUGGUAUCCUGGGUACAAUCCAUCUGGUGGCAGGAAAUUAUCUAAUUGUCAUUACCAAAAAGAUAAAAAUAGGUGAAUUUUUUAAUCAUGUAAUCUGGAAAGCAACAGAUUUUGAUAUUCUUUCUUAUAAGAAGACCAUGUUGCACUUAACUGAUAUUCAGUUACAAGAUAAUAAAACCUUCCUAGCAAUGAUAAACCAUGUCUUGAGUGUGGAUGGGUUUUACUUUUCAACCACAUAUGACUUGACCCAUACUUUGCAACGUCUGUCCAACACUAGUCCAGAAUUUCAAGAAAUGAGUCUCUUGGAAAGGGCAGAUCAGCGGUUUGUAUGGAAUGGUCAUCUUCUGAGAGAACUUUCUGCGCAGCCAGAGGUCCAUCGGUUUGCUCUCCCAGUAUUACACGGCUUCAUUACUAUGCACUCGUGUUCCAUUAAUGGAAAGUACUUCGAUUGGAUUCUCAUCUCGAGGAGGAGUUGCUUCAGAGCUGGCGUGCGCUAUUACGUGAGAGGGAUUGAUUCUGAAGGCCAUGCAGCUAACUUUGUAGAAACAGAACAAAUUGUGCACUACAAUGGAAGCAAAGCUUCGUUUGUCCAGACUCGAGGAUCAAUACCAGUUUUCUGGUCUCAAAGACCAAACCUCAAGUACAAACCACGGCCACAGAUCAACAAAGUAGCAAAUCAUAUGGAUGGUUUCCAAAGGCAUUUUGAUUCACAAUUAAUUAUUUAUGGAAAACAAGUCAUACUCAAUCUGGUUAACCAGAAGGGCUCAGAGAAGCCACUUGAACAGGCAUUUGCAACAAUGGUGUCCUCCUUGGGAAAUGGAAUGAUCAGAUACAUUGCCUUUGACUUCCAUAAGGAAUGUAAAAAUAUGAGAUGGGAUCGACUAAGUAUUUUAUUGGAUCGGGUAGCAGAAAUGCAGGAUGAAUUAAGUUAUUUUCUAGUGGACUCUACUGGCAAGGUGGUGACGAACCAGGAGGGCGUGUUCCGCAGCAACUGCAUGGACUGCCUGGAUAGAACCAACGUGAUCCAGAGUCUGUUAGCUCGGCGCUCGCUUCAGGCCCAGCUGCAGAGACUAGGUGUUUUGCAUGUGGGACAAAAGCUUGAAGAACAAGAUGAAUUUGAGAAGAUUUACAAAAAUGCCUGGGCUGACAACGCAAAUGCUUGUGCCAAACAGUAUGCAGGAACCGGUGCCUUGAAGACCGACUUUACCAGAACUGGGAAGAGAACUCAGCUGGGACUGGUAAAGGACGGCUGGAACUCACUGAUUCGGUAUUACAAGAACAACUUUUCUGAUGGAUUCAGACAAGACGCCAUAGACUUGUUUCUGGGGAACUACUCUGUGGACGAAUUAGAAUCUCACAGUCCUCUCAGUGUUCCACGGGAUUUGAAAUUUCUGGCUUUGCCUAUUAUCAUGGUUGUGGCCUUUUCAAUGUGCAUUAUCUGCCUCCUCAUGGCUGGUGACACGUGGACAGAAACACUGGCCUAUGUUCUCUUCUGGGGAGUCGCAAGCGUUGGAACCUUUUUUAUUAUUCUGUACAACGGCAAAGAUUUUGUCGACGCUCCCAGAUUGGUCCAGAAAGAAAAGAUAGACUGA